AUGAGCACAUUCUGGUGGCCUGGAAUGCAGACAGCGGUGGAGAAGUACGUCAAAGAUUGCGUGGACUGCAAGAAGGCAAAGCUGCACGGUGGGAAGCAACAGUGUGGAUACCUGCCACCAACUCCUGCAUCCAACACCGAUCGCCCAUUCGACGUCGUACACGCGAAUUUGGUGGGGCCAUUUACUGGGGACUUCUACUGCUUGACGGUGAUUGAACAGCAACUUCGCUGGUUAGAGGUCCUGAUGCAGCGCGGCAAGACCUCGGCAACUACGGCUUUGAGCUUUGAG